AAUGUUUUCUCUUCUUUCAAUGACACUACGUACAUUAACACAUAUUCAUAUGUUAGCUCUAGCAGUAGACGACUCCUCAGGUGUUUUUAGUGGACAACCAAUUGAAAAUGUUCGUCAACUUAGAAUUCCUGGUGAUUUAAUUAUUGGGGGCGUUUUCCCCGUUCAUGCUAAAGGAAGCGGUGGAAUAUCCCCUUGUGGAGAGAUUUUUGAAACGAGAGGUGUUCAUCGAGUAGAAGCAUUUCUUUAUGCUUUGGAUAUGAUAAAUGCUCAAACAGAAUUUCUGAGAGGAUAUAAAUUGGGAGCUUUAAUUUUAGAUUCUUGUUCUAAUCCGGCUUAUGCUUUAAAUCAGUCUCUAGAUUUUGUGAGAGAAAUGAUUGGAGGUAAUUCUGGAAUGUCAGAAUAUACUUGCAGUGAUGGUAGACAACCAAAAUUAUUACGAAAUUCAAGCCCUAAAAAGAGUGUUGUUGCUGUAGUUGGUGCUAGUUAUUCUUCUGUAACUGUUCAAAUAGCUAAUUUACUUAGACUUUUUCGAAUUGUUCAAGUUACAAGCACAAACGCCGAUUUGAGUGAUAAAAAUCGUUUUGAAUAUUUUGCCCGAACAGUACCUAGCGAUAAUUACCAAGCCCGGGCAAUGAUUGAUAUUGCCGUUCAUUUUAAUUGGACUUACGUUUCUUUGGUAUAUUCUGCUGAUGAAUAUGGGGAAUUGGGUGCAGAUGCUUUUAAAAAAGAAGCUAGACGUGCCAAAAUUUGUAUUGCUAUAGAGGAAAGGGUUUCUAUGAAGCCUGAAUCUUUAAGGGAUUCUAUUGAUAAUUUAGCUAAAAAACUUCAACAAGAUAAACAAGUUGGGGCUAGAGUUGUUGCUUUGUUUGUUGGAACUGAAUAUGUUCCUGAUUUGUUACAAAAAGCAAGUGAAAGAUUAGGUGGAGAUUAUAAAAGAAAAAGAAUUAUUUGGUUAGCAAGUGAAGGUUGGGAUAGAAAUAAUGAACAUUACACAUUAGGAAGUAGAAAAUUGGCAGCUGAAGGGGCAAUUGUUUUAAUGCUUGAAUCACAAAGAGUGCCGACAUUUGAAGAAUAUUAUCUUUCACUACAUCCAGGAAAUGAAAAUUUUGAAAGAAAUAAAUGGUUAAGAUGUGAAGCACAACGGCAAUCAGCAGACAAUUUUAGUGCUGAUGACAAAGUUCAAUUUGUAAUAGAGGCUGUUUAUGCAAUUGCUCAUGCAUUACAAUCAAUGAAAGAAAAAGUAUGUCCGGAUGAUUCAAUUGAAAGUAGCUGGAUUUCACGUUAUGCUAGACUUCCACAAGGUGACGGCCCCGCCCACUACACAAUUUUAAAUUAUCAACCAUCUAGAAGACGUUUAUUACAAUCAACAAAUUCUGAUACUUCUGACCGAUCAGAUUAUGUUGUUGUAGGUCGUUGGUCAGAAGAAGCAUUAGAAAUAGAUGAAAGUCUUCUCUUUUGGAAUUUAAAUAAUAAUGAAGAAGAAGGAAAUCAACAAAAUUUUAAUAAUAAAAUAAAAACUAUUAAAUUACCGCCCCUUUCUGUUUGUUCACUUCCUUGCCCUUUGGGUUAUAAAAAACAAUUAAUUAAAGAAGAUGAACUUUGUUGUUGGGCUUGUGGAAAAUGUGAAGAUUACGAGUAUUUAAUUAAUGAGACUGCUUGUGCAGAUUGUGGACAAGGAAAUUGGCCAAAUAAAGACAGAACUAGUUGUUUUUCUUUGGUUGAUAAACAUUUAAAACAUAUGCGUUGGAAUACUUGGUAUUCAAUUGUUCCAACAGCAUUGGCUGUAAUUGGAAUUUUAUCAACUCUUUUAGUUUUGCUUAUAUACACAAUUUAUGCUGAUACUCCCGUAGUUAAAGCAUCUGGAAGAGAACUUAGCCAUGUUUUGCUUUGUUCAUGUCUUGUUUGUUAUAUUAUAACAUUUGUUUUGCUUUCAAAACCAGAUACUCUUGUUUGUACAAUUAGAAGAAUUGGUAUUGGCCUUGCAUUUUCUUGCCUUUAUUCAGCACUUCUUGUUAAAACUAAUAGAAUUUAUAGAAUAUUUUCACAAGCAACUCGAAGUAGACGUCCACCACCAAUGAUUUCCCCAAUCUCUCAAUUAGCAUUAACUGCUGCUUUUGUAGGUUCUAAACAAAUUUUUACACUAGUUUGGCUUCUUAUUCAACCACCCGGUACUCAACAUAUAUACCCAACACGUGCAGAAGUUGUUUUGGCUUGUAAUGUGCCUGAUCAUCAUUUUCUUUAUUCGUUAGCCUAUGAAGCUAUAUUACUCAUUUUAUGUACUGUAUAUGCAAUAAAAACUCGCAAAAUUCAAACAACUGCAUUUUGUAUAUCAAUUAGUAUGAGCGCAAAUGUUGCUCUCGUUUGUAUAUUUUCACCAAAGAUAUACAUUAUACUUUUUGAAAAACACAAAAAUGUACGUAAAGAAGCUGCUGGCAGUAUUAUGCAAAGAAAACAGGAAACAUCUGUCGGAAGUUAUUAUGCUAUUAAUGCCAACAAUGACACGGGAGGAGGAGGUGAAGUCAAUAAAAACUUUGUCUCGGAAAGAUUUUCUUCACCAUCGCCAACUAUCCAUACUGGUCUUCUUGCCUGUCACCGAAAAAGCAGUUCUAGCUGUUACAGAUAUAUGAGCGGAUCACCAAGGCAAACAUCUAUAGCCGGGUUAAGUAAUGCUUCAAGUACUGCUCAUGAUACUUUUCUAUAG